UCAAAAUUGUGUUCAAAAUAUUCUCUCAACUGCAAAAUAACCAAUAAAGUUAAAUGAUUUAAUCUCUCUGUGAAGCGUAAAAGAAAGUAUUCCUAAGAAUGCCUCGCGUUAAAAUCGACUAUGUAGUCAGUUUCAGUAGCGAAGACCCUGAACACCCAGCCAAUAAUCUUCUAGAAUGGGAGAUCAGCAAAAAGAAAUGGCUGUGCAGCAAGGGCGAGUCACACUGCUCAGUCGUGCUGCAGUUGACUAAAGCUGUCAAGAUAGAGUCCAUCAACAUAGGAGCUUACCACGCAGCUUCAGUGGAAGUGCUAGUGGGACUGUCUGAGAAACCUAAUGACCCUUUUGAGGUGCUGGUCCCCACAUGUAUGCUUCUAUCUCCUUCCGAGUCUCGACGGGAGGCGGUGGAGCGCGUGCGCUCGUUCAGCGGCGCGGCGCUAGCGGCGGCGCGCGAGCGGCGCUGGGACCGCGUGCGCCUCGUGUGCGCCCAGCCUUACAACAAGCACUGCAAGUAUGGAUUGUCGUUCGUUCACGUAUACUCGACUGAGGCCGCGGCUCCUCGGGCCUUCGUCCCCGCGCUAGCCUUGGAGUCGCUGCCGUCUGAUGACGAGGAGUUCCAACCUGGCGAACUGUUCGCCCAACACUCACAACGCGCCUCCACCGGGGCGCAAAUAAGGCAAGCGUCAAUGGAGGCCAUCAAAAACAAUUCAGAUAAAUCAACAAAGCUUCAGAAAACUCCCAUAAACAGACCGAGCGGUGGCGACCGACGACCGAAGGAUGAUGAGAGGAGAGCAAACCGACAAAAAGAUAAUCUUAUGUACACAGACGAUGAUGACCGACCCCACGCCAGAAUAGACCACGUUGUCGAAAGACAUAAACAGCAGAGGGACAAGGAACAGAAACAAAAUGUAAAAACUAAUCAAAGUAAUGAUAACGAAAAACAAAAUCUAAACACUAGUACAAAGAAAGAUAAGGCGACAGUAAAUACUAGUACAAAUAGCCAUAGUAAAGAAAGUAAAACAGCCAAACGAAGAACAGAAGUUAAUAAUCAGUCGACCUUUCAAACGAGUGCUAGUGAAAAUGAGAACAGCCAGAGUAGUCAGAAGAAGCGGAAACGGUCCAAUGAAACGUUGUCCGAGCCCUUCCAGAGUCAGUUCCCCGCAGACGGUGUGCUGGCGGGCGUGUGCUUCACGCUCAGUGGCUACGAGAACCCGCGUCGCGCAGAACUGCGCGCUGCCGCCCUGGCCUUGGGCGCCGCCUACCGCCCGGACUACUCCAGCGACUGCACGCACAUCGUCUGCGCGUUCCCCAACACGCCGAAGCUGCGCGCGGCGCGUGCGGCGGGCUCGCGCGCGGCCGCCGUGUCCGGCGAGUGGAUUACCGAGUGCGCGCGGAGCGGCGUGUGCCUGCCGUGGCGCCGGUUCGCCGUUGAGCCGCACCAGCGAGAGGCGCCACCCGCCUCCGGUACGCCCCGCCCCGCCCCGCCGCCCGCCUCCGAAGAGGACACCGACGACGAAAUCGAGAAAGUCAUCCAGCAACAAGAAAAGAAGAAACGACUGGAAUCACCCGCGCGCUCCACCGACACCGACACACGCGACACUCAGAGCGGUCCCGGCUCGCCCGCGGCUCCUGCCGACACACACGCGCACACACCCGACACACACGCGCACACACCCGACACACACGCGCACGACUCACGCGAUGCACACGACACCCACGCACACGCAACCGACACACACGCGCAAGACUCACGCGAUGCACACGACACACACGCACACGACGAGAACACGAACUCGUCACUCGAGUCUGACGUGACGUUCGUGCGCGACGAGCGCAUGCGUGGACUCGUCACACUUGACGACUCGGACAGCACGGACUGUGACGAACGCGCGCCCGCGACGGAGGAGAUCGAUGAGAGUAAGGUGCUGCCGAACUUCUUCGAAGGCCUGACGUUCUCAAUAGCAGAAGACCUGAGCGAAGAGGAACGCGCGCUGCUGGCGCGGUACGUCCGCGCGUACGGCGGGCUGGUCCUGGAGGAAGCUGACGCGCUGGGCGAGGGCGAAGUGGACUACCGCGUAUGCGGGGCGGCGGCGGGGGCGGGCGGGGCGAGGGCGGGGGCGGGCGGGGCGGCGACGGGGGCGGGCGGGGCGCGCGUGUCGCCCGCCUGGGUGUGGCGCUGCCACCGCCUGCGGGCGCGCGCGCCCAGUGCCUAG